CGCGCACUCUGCUGCUCGUUCUUUGUCCUCCAUUGCAGCUGGUGUUCACAGCUCCGCCGCACCGCGCAGGCCCGAAGUAGCGCAGCCGCUCUGAGUGUGUUUGAGUGAAACUGUAUCGGGUGAUGGAAGACCAUACGGUGCAUCAGACGGAGCAUAUGACCACUAUCGAGGCCCACGCCGUCUCUCAGCAGGUCGGGCAGGUGCACGUCGCCACAUACACAGAGCAUGGCAUGCUGAGCGCCGACGAGGAUUCGCCCUCCUCGCCUGACGAUGAUGCUUAUGAUGACUCCGACAUCCUCAAUUCAACUGGAACAGAUGAAGUCACCGCACAUCUGGCUGCUGCUGGGCCUGUUGGCAUGGCAGCAGCUGCCGCUGUGGCAACAGGAAAGAAGCGUAAAAGGCCUCACAUCUUUGAAUCAAAUCCUUCAAUCCGUAAAAGACAACAGACGCGCCUGCUUAGGAAGCUGAGAGCAACUCUAGACGAAUACACAACACGGGUAGGCCAGCAGGCUAUUGUUUUAUGCAUAUCUCCCUCUAAACCAAAUCCUGUGUUUAGAGUAUUUGGAGCGGCACCACUGGAGAAUGUGGUGAGGAAAUACAAGAGCAUGAUUCUGGAGGAUCUGGAAAACGCUCUGGCUGAACACGCACCCCCUGGUGGAGGAGAACUCAGCUCUGAACUUCCUCCGCUGACUAUUGAUGGGAUACCAGUGUCUGUGGACAAGAUGACACAGGCCCAGCUCCGAGCGUUCAUUCCAGAAAUGCUGAAGUAUUCCACAGGCCGAGGGAAGCCCGGCUGGGGGAAAGAGAGUUGCAAGCCCAUCUGGUGGCCAGAGGACAUUCCCUGGGCCAACGUGCGCAGUGACGUCCGAACAGAGGAGCAGAAACAGAGGGUGUCAUGGACGCAGGCCCUGAGGACUAUCGUUAAAAACUGCUAUAAGCAGCAUGGGAGAGAAGACCUGCUCUAUGCCUUUGAGGACCAGGUCACCACACAAGUUGCCACAACAGCCACACACAGCAUUGCGCACCUGGUGCCGUCACAGACGGUAGUGCAGACGAUCAGUAAUCCUGAUGGAACAGUCUCACUUAUACAGGUUGGCACUGGAGCUACAGUAGCGACACUGGCAGAUGCGUCAGAAUUGCCUGGCACAGUGACAGUAGCCCAGGUGAACUACUCCACAGUGACGGAUGGAGAGGUGGAGCAGAAUUGGGCCACACUUCAGGGAGGCGAGAUGACCAUCCAAACCACACAAGCGUCAGAGGCCACGCAGGCUGUGGCCUCUUUAGCCGAAGCUGCAGUUGCAGCUUCGCAAGAGAUGCAAACCGGGGCAACUGUAACCAUGGCCCUCAACAGGUACUCCUUGGAGGGAGCACUGAAGUUUGGUGAAGCAGCAGCUCACGCAGUAGCGACAUUAGCAGAAGCGACUCUUCAAGGCGGAGGACAGAUCGUGUUAGCAGGAGAAACGGCUGCUGCAGUCGGAGCGUUAACUGGAGUUCCGGAUGGCAGUGGUCUCGUCCAAAUUCCAGUCAGCAUGUAUCAGACUGUGGUCACCAGUUUGGCCCAGGGCAAUCGGCCCGUUCAGGUGGCAAUGGCUCCCGUAACGACUCGAAUCGACAACACGAUGACUCUUGACGGGCAGGCGGUGGAAGUGGUGACCCUGGAACAGUGACAUACUCUACCCCUGCAGGUGUGCGGGACAGGAACUUCAGCGCCUAUGUGAAGUAGCUGCUGGAAUAUGGUGUAAAGAAUAAUAUUUGAGCCUGUUCUCAUGUCUGCAGGGGUGUGUAGGGGUUGUCUCGUUAUUGUUAUUCAUUUUCAUUUUGUUUGUUUUUUUACGCUGUACCCCCAAUUUGUUGUCUUAUUUUCAUCAUAGUGUUAAAUUCAUUAACGUUAGUUUCGUUUCUCUUUUUUUUUUUUAGCUGGUGUUUGACAAAUGUAAUGCAGAGGAUACUUAGAAUUACCAAUUAUUUCUUUCUGUACGAUUACAAGAAAAGAAAAACCUCAGUCCAAAUUUUCUGCCUUCAAAACUGGCGCAAUUUGUUCAUUUCUCCCCCGUGUAUAUGGCAUUAUGUUGGUCAUUCUUAAUGCGUUUUCUCCUCAGUUUUUAUGUACAUAUUAUAUAUAUUGUGAACCAUCUUGUGCCAUAUUUGAAUAAUUUCAUUAAUAUAUUGUGUAUAUUGCAUUACAAUUUUAGUGUUAGAUCCCAUUGACUACUGAGAUAUGCAUGGUUUUUUUUUUUUUUUUUGUAAGUCUGUACAAUGUAGUUUUCUUUGUAUGCAUUUCACAUAAUUCCCAUUGUAAAAAAAAAAAUUGUAUGAUCUCGAAUGAUGUGGUAUAUCGAAUGAGACCACCGUUUCCUGCCGGUACAGAUUUGAACUUUCAGAACUCUCAGUGCUAUCUAUAGACUAUUCACUAAAUUGUACUAUUAAUCGAUUGCUAUAAAUGUCAGUAUGACAAGGAUGAAGAUGUAGCACUCCAUAUCGUUCAGCUUUUAUACUUCAGAAAACAGAGAGCUUUACAUAUUCAUGGUAUGUCCGCAUUUUGGAAACUGAUCCUGUUAUGAAACUGCUAGGGAAAAUGUUUUAUUUAUUUUUUAUUUAUUUUGGUUUGUUUAGAUGUGCGCUCAUAUCUUUUGAAUAAGACACAUGGGAAAAGGUUUAGAUAUGAUGUAGGAUGUAUUCGAAUUCUAAUGUUAUCGCAAAGUGAAAUACCCAUAAAUUCAUAUCUCUUUCUUUAUCUCCCAAGCUCUUGUAUUGUUUCUACAGUGCAAUUUUGGAUGUUUUGUUACUGUUUCUUCCACCCGUGAUCCACUCUGUCGAGUUUCCAGCUCCUUCAUCGGUUCGAAUUUUUAUAGCUCACACAAAUGAGAGGCUUUUUAUGUGAAAUUUGUAAAAUAUAUACGGUUUGAUGAAACCAAACCCUCCCGUGUUGCUGGUGCAAAAUGAUGGUGACAUUGGCAAACUUUGUCUUUCCCUUUUUAUCCAGUCUUGGAAAUAAAAUGGCCACUAUUCAGAA